GCAGAUCAUAAUAGCUACCAUAGAAACGUUAUGCAUCCUUUGUGGCUAGCUAGUAACACAUUCAACAUUUGCUGACUGCUGAAUAUUAGUAAACAAAACAUGAAUUAUGAAUACACGGCUGAUGUGAUAAACCGUCACAUUUGGGAAUUGCUAGCGCUACGCAUCGGACGUCCUCAGAGCAAUACACCUGUUUAAUCUAUUUUCUUAGCAUUUUUGUCACCUUCAACAAUAAAUCUUCAAACAUGCGUGAAUGUAUCUCUAUCCAUGUCGGUCAAGCCGGAGUCCAGAUCGGUAAUGCCUGCUGGGAGUUGUACUGCCUUGAGCACGGCAUCCAGCCUGAUGGUCAGAUGCCAUCAGACAAGACCAUCGGAGGUGGUGAUGACUCCUUCAACACCUUCUUCAGUGAGACUGGGGCUGGAAAACACGUUCCUCGGGCCGUAUUUGUCGAUCUCGAACCAACUGUUGUCGAUGAGGUACGCACCGGCACCUAUCGCCAGCUUUUCCACCCAGAGCAACUGAUCACCGGAAAAGAGGAUGCUGCCAACAACUAUGCCCGUGGGCAUUACACCGUCGGAAAGGAGCUUAUUGAUAUCGUCCUUGAUAGGAUCAGGAAGCUGGCUGACCAGUGCACUGGUCUUCAAGGAUUCCUUAUCUUCCAUAGCUUCGGUGGUGGCACCGGCUCUGGCUUUACCUCCCUGCUAAUGGAGCGUCUCUCUGUUGACUACGGAAAGAAGUCCAAGCUUGAGUUCGCCGUCUAUCCAGCUCCACAGAUCUCCACAGCCGUUGUCGAGCCCUACAACUCCAUCCUUACCACCCACACGACCUUGGAACAUUCCGAUUGUGCCUUCAUGGUCGACAACGAGGCAAUCUACGAUAUCUGCCGUCGUAACCUCGACAUCGAGCGUCCCACCUACACCAACCUGAACCGCCUCAUUGGUCAGAUCGUCUCCUCAAUCACUGCUUCUCUGCGAUUCGAUGGCGCCCUCAACGUCGAUCUGACAGAGUUUCAGACCAACUUGGUACCCUAUCCUCGCAUCCAUUUCCCACUGGCUACCUAUGCUCCAGUUAUUUCUGCCGAGAAGGCAUACCACGAGCAGCUCACUGUUGCUGAGAUCACCAACGCUUGCUUCGAGCCCGCCAACCAGAUGGUGAAGUGCGAUCCUCGUCAUGGUAAAUACAUGUCAUGUUGCAUGCUGUACCGAGGUGAUGUCGUCCCAAAGGAUGUCAAUGCUGCCAUUGCAACCAUCAAGAGCAAGCGUACAGUCCAGUUCGUUGACUGGUGUCCAACUGGCUUCAAGGUCGGUAUCAACUACCAACCACCCACUGUCGUUCCCGGUGGUGACCUUGCCAAGGUCCAACGUGCCGUCUGCAUGUUGAGCAAUACAACAGCAAUCGCCGAAGCCUGGGCCCGUCUUGACCACAAGUUCGAUCUGAUGUACGCCAAGCGUGCUUUCGUCCAUUGGUACGUCGGAGAGGGUAUGGAGGAAGGAGAGUUCUCCGAGGCCCGUGAAGAUUUAGCUGCUCUUGAGAAAGAUUAUGAAGAGGUCGGAGUUGAUUCCGCCGAUGCAGAGGGUGAAGAAGAAGGUGAAGAAGAAUUCUAAAUUCAUACAUUUCCAAUAUUAUGGGCUAUCUCGUCUAGCAAGUAAAAUCCUACAUUUUUAAAAUAGAAUCUUCAAUUUUUAGGUGUAUUUCUAUCUACAUUCUAAAAAAGGUUGUUACCCAAUAUUUGGUAAAAUGGGGACAUGCAUGUUUAUUGGGUUAGAAGAUACCAAAUAUUUUUUUUUAAUUUUACGCAAGGUUGCGUUGAAAUUUACCCUUAAAACAUGCAUUUUGCCCAAUAUUUAGGGAACAAAUACCCAGCAAACAUGUAUGUUCCCUUUCUAUCCAAUAUUAAAUUUUAUAAAAUUUAUUCCUUCCUGAACAUGUGAAGUAUUCAUUUUUUAACACUCUGUCGUUGUAUCCAGAGGAUCCUUAUUGUCAAAUCUGUAAAAAUGAAUUUUUGUAUAAUUUUAGAAAAAGAAGAAAUAGUGAGUGAGUGAGUGACAUCAUCUGGGGACCGUUUCAUGAAAGUUGUCAGUACUGACAAGUUGCCAUUCUCCGACAGUUACUAUGGUAACAGUCAGAGGCCAGUGCCUCUCAGCCAAUUAAUCGAAACCAAGGAUUUCACUAAACUUGUCAGCAUUGACAAUUUAGUCAGUGCUGACAACUUUCAUGAAACACCCACCUGCUCCCUUAUUUGCAUGUCACUAAGUUGUGGUUAUAACUAUUUUGUGACGAAUAAGUGAAAUUUUGAUAUGUUAUAUUAAUUUCUUAUCUUACAUCGAAUUUAAUGAUUUUUUAAGCGUUAUGCGUUUGAUUGUUUUCUUUGAUUCAAUUCAAUCUUUGCUGGAAUUGACUUGACCAUUAGCCUGCAGUUCGGAAUAUGGGCCAAUUGGAUACAAAAGUAUAGGCGCUAAUUGGAUUUUAUAGUGAACAUGCAUAGCAAUAGUUGAUAGGCUGAAACAAUGAGGGGGGUGUCACGGGUGUAGGAUUCGAUUCAUAUUAGGCAUAAAUGCUCAAAUGGUUUCAAAGUAAUAGCGUGUGUUACUCGAAUUUUGUUAGAAUUGUAAAAAUAUGAACAAAAUAAAACAAAAUCCAUAUUAAAUGAGCUAUCAAAACAAAUUG